GGCUGUGCAGAACUAGGGGUAGGAUCUGUGUUUAUAUAGCCCAGGCAGACCCUCUCUCCGACCCAUUCCCUCUCAGCCGGAGAACACAACUCUACCAGGACCGAUGCCAAGGGAUUGCUCAGCAUUUAACGAGAGAGAGAGAGACAGAGAGACAGAGACAGAGAGAGAGAGGCAGAGAGAGAGAGGCAGAGAGAGAGAGACAGAGAGAGUGAGAGAGACAGAGAGAGAGAGAGAGACAGAGAAAGAGAGAGAGAGAAAGAGAGAGAGAGAGUGAGAGAGAGUGAGAGAGACAGAGAGAGAGAGAGAGAAAGAGGAGAGGAGGGGAAACAGCUCUGACAUAUUUAACACAGACUCCCAUUCUCAGCAUACUCACACACACUGAGACAGACAGCAGACAAAACUCACAGCACAGUCUCUGACAGGUAGGUAGACUUCAACACAGACAGACAGACUCUCUCUCUGAGACGGACGGCAGGCAGCAUGUUUCUGUGGUGGUUCCCCCAGGCAGUGUGUCUGGUGUCGCUGACUCUUGGGUACGAGGACGAUAUCGAGGUGAACUAUGGUGACAGUUACUACAACGAGAUCACAGAGGGAGAGCCACUGGAGCCCACGGCCAUCCCAACCCAAGCCCCCUGUAAGGUUACAGAGAUGACUAAAUGGGACAAGCUCUUCUCCAUGCUGGAGAACUCUCAGAUGAGGGAAAACAUGCUUCUGCAGUACUCCGAUGACAUCAUCAAGGUGGAGUUGGGGUCGCUGCGUGGAGAAAUGCUAAGGUUCGUGGCUCAGUACGGAGGGGCCUGUGGCGUUGCGGUGGAGACUGCUGGACGGAGGAUGUCCAUGCAGAUGGAAGCUCGCCUCAAGGAGAGCCUGGAGCAUCUCAGGCAAGAUCGGAGCAUUGCUGCUGGGAAAUCUGCAGGUAAUUCUGGGAAUAGCCACCAGGAGACGCUGUUGCAGCAGCUCCUCCACGCGGCGAGGACACAGGCUUCCCGACUCGUCAAGCUAGAAAAUAUCUGCCUGAGUAAUCCAGGACCCAUAACGCCACAAGAGGCAAAGGGGGAAGACCUGCAGCAGGAUGUGGUGCCGGCAGAGAUGCUGGUUGCUCUGGUGACAGAGCUGGCGAAGACGAGGGCAGUUCUGGAACUAGCGUUCAAGUCGGCACAGCAACGACACCUGCCCGCAGGCUGUGAGACCGCUCUUCUCUUCCCUAUGCGUUCCCCUCGUAUCUUCUCCUCGGUGACACCAGACCUCCCUCUCUCCCUCUCGUCCUUCACCGUGUGCCUGUGGGCCAAGCCCGUCUCCGUCUCCAACACAACCGUGCUGUUCUCCUACGGAACCAAACGGAACCCCUAUGAGAUCCAGCUCCUUCUCAGUGGAACCAGGGCUCUCUUCACCGUGGGGGGAGAGGCUCACCUGGUGGAGGGGCGGGGCGUGGUGAGAGGAGGAUUUUGGACCCACAUAUGUGGGGCUUGGAGCUCUGAGCAGGGCAUAGCGUCACUAUGGGCCGAUGGACACAGAGUGGCAUUCACACCCGGGGUGGCCGAGGGCCACGUGUUACCCGAUGGAGGCUCCCUCCAGCUGGGGCAGGAGAAGAACGACGGCGGGGUCUCUGGAGGGUCAGGUGGCAGUGGGAGUCAGAUGCCUGGGUUUGACGGAGGCUUCGAUGCCAAGUUGGCGUUCGCUGGGAAGAUGACAGGGGUGAACAUGUGGGACAGCGUGCUGACGGAGGAGGAGAUAUCCCAGCUGGCUUUGCAGGACGGCGAGGGGUGUGAGCAGAGGGGGAACGUAGUUGGGUGGGGCUUGACGGAGAUCGUGCCUCACGGGGGUGCUCAGUUCAUCAACUAACUCUGAUGACGUUUUCAUCAUCAUCCUCAUCAUCAUCAUUUAAAUUAACUCUAUCAUCACCAUUAUAAACUAAGACCUGCAGUGCAGAACAGCCCAACCGGCUGAGACUGCGACAAUAAUGUGAACAUAAACAACAACAACAACAACAACAGCAGCUCCCUUUAAUGGUUAAUGAGACUGGGACAAUAAUGUGUCCUGUUGGAGGAGUGGUUCCCAUUUAGAGAAGCAGGAGAGUGGCAACACACACACACACACACACACGCACACACACACACGCGCACGCACACACAGACACGCGCACGCACGCACACACACGCAAGUCAGAUGCUUGGGUUUGUGAACAUGUGUGCGUAACAAUAAUGUGAACGCAAAACCAACACACACACACACACACACGCACGCACGCACACACACGCACACACACACACUCACACACACACACACCCUUGGUGAGUAGCAUUAGUGUACUGUACAUAGCCUUAGGAGGAGAAGUGGAGAAAACAGAAUUUACCACAGAUUUAAAGAGAGAAAAGGAAAGGAAAGGACCGAGGUGAGAGAGAGAAACAAAGAGCUCAUUGUGUGGAAGGAGAGAUGCUUGAGGGCAACUGUCACAAAAACCAGUCUGCAAGGGUCAUCGCUAGAUGUCCAUGCCAGAGGAGGACAACAUUAUCUAUACCAUCAGAAGGCAUGCCAGAGGAGGACAACAUUAUCUAUACCAUCAGAAGGCAUGUCAGAGGAGGGACAACAUUAUCUAUACCAUCAGAAGGCAUGUCAGAGGAGGACAACAUUAUCUAUACCAUCAGAAGCUAUACUAGAGAGGACAACAUUAUCUAUACCAUCAGAAGGCAUGCCAGAGGAGGGCAACAUUAUCUAUACCAUCAGAAGGCAUGCCAGAGGAGGGCAACAUUAUCUAUACCAUCAGAAGGCAUGCCAGAGGAGGACAACAUUAUCUAUACCAUCAGAAGGCAUGUCAGAGGAGGACAACAUUAUCUAUACCAUCAGAAGGCAUGUCAGAGGAGGACAACAUUAUCUAUACCAUCAGAAGCUAUACUAGAGAGGACAACAUUAUCUAUACCAUCAGAAGCUAUGCCAGAGGAGGACAACAUUAUCUAUACCAUCAGAAGGCAUGUCAGAGGAGGACAACAUUAUCUAUACCAUCAGAAGGCAUGUCAGAGGAGGACAACAUUAUCUAUACCAUCAGAAGCUAUGCCAGAGGAGGACAACAUUAUCUAUACCAUCAGAAGCUAUGCCAGAGGAGGACAACAUUAUCUAUACCAUCAGAAGCUAUACUAGAGAGGACAACAUUAUCUAUACCAUCAGAAGCUAUACCAGAGGAGGGCAACAUGAUCUAUACCAUCAGAAGCUAUACUAGAGAGGACAACAUUAUCUAUACCAUCAGAAGCUAUACUAGAGAGGACAACAUUAUCUAUACCAUCAGAAGGCAUGUCAGAGGAGGGCAACAUUAUCUAUACCAUCAGAAGGCAUGCCAGAGGAGGACAACAUUAUCUAUACCAUCAGAAGGCAUGCCAGAGGAGGACAACAUUAUCUAUACCAUCAGAAGGCAUGCCAGAGGAGGGCAACAUUAUCUAUACCAUCAGAAGCUAUACUAGAGAGGACAACAUUAUCUAUACCAUCAGAAGCUAUACUAGAGAGGACAACAUUUGCUAUAAAUAUCAGCAUUAUUUUUGCAAGUACGUUAGCUAUUUGUUACUAAUGGGAGUGUCAGGGUUAAGGAGUAAGGUAAAUGGUAAAGGGUUGAGGUUUGGGUUUAGUUGUUAGGGUGGCAUUGUGGUUAGAAAACGUUUUACCGUGGUCCUCUCUGGCAUGGCUAUGUAGUAACAACCAUCUGCAUGCUGCUAUAACGUUUUACCCUGGUCCUCUCUGGCAUGGCUAUGUAGUAACAACCAUCUGCAUGCUGACAUAGGAGAUUGUAACUGUUCUAUUACUUUAUAAUCUUACAUUUCCUGGAAAAAAAAAGUGAAUAUUUUUUUCAAUCGUUGUUUCCAACUUUUAAAAAAACAUUUUUUUUAUCAAUGUGUUUACAUUUCAGAUGUGACAAACAUAAUAUUUAGUUAUAUAUAUAUAUAUUUAUAUAUAUUUCAGUUGUUUUGUGUUUCUCUUUGUUUUCUAUUUAAUCCAAAGGGGUUUAUUGUGUUCCUCUUUGUUUUCUAUAUAAUCCAAAGGGGUUUAUUGUGUUCCUCAUUGUUUUCUAUAUAAUCCAAAGGGGUUUAUUGUGUUCCUCAUUGUUUUCUAUAUAAUCCAAAGGGGUUUAUUGUGUUCCUCUUUGUUUUCUAUAUAAUCCAAAGGGGUUUAUUGUGUUCCUCAUUGAAAUGGGUGACAACAAGAUGACACAACUAUAGUGGCUCAUUCCCUGUUGGUUUUGCGUCCCUUGUGAGACAGAAACACUUGAUUUGAAAAGAGGAACUGUGGACAAUGUUUACAGCAUUUUGUUACGACCUCUCUCUGCUCUCUCAUAGUAGGCAAUGUGGAUCAUAUUGUAAAUUGUUUUGUGUUUUUGUCAAGAAGUAAAAAUGAAUGUAUUUUGUAUAUAAAUAUUAUUUUUUUGCAUUUACAGUAGGACUAGAAUUGAAGACCAAGAUAUGAAUAAAACUACAUGUUGACAUUA